AUGGCUAAUCGGGUGCCGAUCACGACCGUCAUUUUCGAUAUCGGAGGAGUGGUCGUCAAGUCACCUCUUCUUGGGAUAAACAAGUUCGAGAAAACCCACGGCUUACCGCACGAUUAUCUGAACGUUGCUAUCACUGCUCGAGGAUCUGGGGGGGCGUUCCAAAGGCUUGAAGUCGGAGACCUCGAACUGUCCGAAUUCUAUGCGCAAUUUGGGAAACAGAUGAGCGACUUGGAUUUUAAUAACGCGGCGUAUGUUAGGUUCUGCUCGAAGUCGAAGAGAAGUUGUCCCCCUUUACCGAGUAGCUUACGUGUAGACGGAAAACAGCUAUGGAAGCAGAUGAUGAGUGAGGCAUCAACUCAUAAUCUUCCGAUAAUUAAGCUCAUUAAGCGUUUACGAGAAUCGGGAAAAUAUCGAGUGGCCGCCUUGACAAAUAAUUUCCAAUUACCGGCUGGUAAAGCCGAGGGUGACCAGGAAGCAUUGGGGUCAGCUCCUAUGGAGAUCAAAAAUCUUUUCCACGAGUUCAUUGAGAGUAGUCAAGUAGGUCUACGCAAGCCGGAUCCCAAGUUUUUCGAGUAUGCUCUAGACCUUCUGGAAGUGAGAAGUCCCAAAGAGGUCGUGUUUUUAGAUGAUCUGGGUAUUAAUUUGAAAGCAGCUGAGAAACUAGGCAUCAACACUAUCAAAGUUGGGAUAUAUGAUGUCAAACCAGCAUUAGAAAACUUUCAGAAAUAUGUGCCAGACAUCGAGCUCAGCGACAUAAUCAACAGUGCAAAAUUGUAA